AUUUGAUAUUGGAAGCGCGAGAAUAGAUUCAAGGUUGCAGCGUAGCGGGAUUUUGGGGCCGCGAGAAAGGGCAGUAAGCAAGGCAUCACUACUGAAUCUUGACAACCACAAUAUCAUCUCACAUAUUCUAUUCAAUUGUAGAUGAGUACAAGUGUUGACGAUGAACUGUUUGAAAAGACAUCAGGAAUCAUAGAUCAGUUGAUAUUACAUUGUAAAUCCAAAAAAUAUGAUACCAAUGAAUUCGAUCAGUUACUAUCAUCAUUCCUACACAGUUGCAAUCCUGAUGAAGUACCAGUUGAUGUAAACAAGUAUCGUAUUAAUAUUGCUGUGAAUAAAUUGUCAAAACCAUCAAUUAUACGAAAUCUUGUUAUUAUUUACCGUGAUUUAGGAAGAAAAGCUAUUCCUUUAGGAUGUGGUAUAUUACUUAAAUCUGCUUCUCUGCCAGAUCCACCUCCUGCUCUUGAAUGGAUUCCAAAAUUUAUUACUUUUCAAAAAACUCUAGCAUCCUAUAUUUCUGUGAGUAUUAGUUUCGCCCAGCUAAUGAUAAAGUCUGAUGUUUACUUAACUGAAGCACGGCGUAUAUUAAAUCGCACAAGUACUAUGGAUUAUUUAUCUGAGAAAAUCAAAUGGUUGAUAGAAUCUAUCAUUUUUGCAUUGAAUGCUGCAUUACUGUAUGAAGAUGAAGUGAUCAACCGACGAAUUCUUGAUUACUGUCUACGUAAUAUUAUAAUUCGUUACACUUGUUCAACGAAUUCAGAAAUUCAGACAACUCUAAUCAUUUUUUUAAGUUUCACUUAUACUGAAAUUGAUCAACUUAAAAUAACGAAAAAAGGAAUUAUUCAAUUAUUGAAAUAUUUCGUUUCACUUAUAAGUAGUGAAAAGAAAACAGAUGAAUUAAUUAUUGUUAAGCAGAUGAACAAAGUCCUUCGUAUAUUGGCUCUAAAUACGGAGAAUAAAACUGCUUUCAUGAGACGUGACAUUUUGGGUCAUUUAGAAUCGUUACUGAAGACAUUACCACCGAAUGAUUACGAGGAUGAGAUAUUACUUACCAUACGUAUUGUUUCUUCUGAAAUUACUCUGGAUAAUUCCAUUAAAGAAAUGAAAUUACUUGCAACAAAAUUUUCUGAGAAAAUAAUGAAUUCUGAAAAAGAACUUCGAAUAUCUUCUGAUGCCUGUGAUGAUAAUGAUGAUGAUGAUGAUGGCGAUAUCAAUGGUAGUGAUGUUGUUCCAUCAUCAAUGUCAACAGAUAAUAAAAGGGGUGAUAAAGUCGAUGAAGGCUUUUAUGAAGUGAAAGAUAAUCAAAGGUCUUCUCAGUCAAAUGGUCAUGUCCUGAUUAGUUAUAGUCAUGCAGAUGGCAAAAUAGCGCUUAAAAUUGCAGACAGCCUACAACAAAGAAAUAUCAAGAUAUGGAUUGACAAAAAGGAUAUGAUUCAGGAAGUUGAUGUUCUAGAUGCUAUUACAUCUGCUGUAGAGGGUGCUUCAAUUGUAUGUAUUCUUUUUUCAAAAGCUUAUCAAGAGGGUCAAUAUACUGAAAUCGAAGCGAAAUAUGCUGAAAGUCGACGCAAAGAACGUAUAUAUCUGAAAGUUCAACCAGAUUUUAAACCUAGUUCUUGGUUAGGUGGUAUGUUAGGUACAAAACUAUAUAUUGACUUUUCUGGAAAAUAUCCAUAUGAAGACAAAAUUGAAGAGUUAUAUAACAAAAUUAAAGAACGGAAUAGUAAAAGAAACCAAUCCGUUUGA